GUUCGCUGAGAAUUUGAGUUUGGAUUUUCAUUCAGUCCAGUGUUGUACAUUGAAUAAAAGUUUGAUUGUUGUUUUCUACCAUUUGAAACAAUGCGAACAUUUUCACUGAUCGUGAUUUUUGCUGUUGUCGGAACCAAGUGGAUAGCAGCUGUGCGUUCGAGUUACGGAUUAUUUCAAAUAUUUGAGAAAGAUGAGAUUGAAAUGAAUUCAUUCCAGAUUCGCACGCAGGAGAGAUCGUUUCGUGUGGACUAUGAAAACAAUCGCUUUCUGAAAGACGGUCAACCGUUUCGGUUUGUUUCAGGCUCGUUCCACUACUUUCGAGCUCUGCCACAAACGUGGCGCGAGAAGUUGCGCACACUUCGAGCAUCGGGUUUGAAUGCAGUUACCACUUAUGUUGAAUGGUCGUUGCACAAUCCUCGCGACGGCACCUAUGUUUGGGAUGGAAUCGCCGAUGUUGAGCAGUUAAUUCGACUGGCGGCUGAGGAAGAUUUGCUGGUUAUUCUGAGGCCAGGUCCAUAUAUUUGUGCCGAACGUGAUAUGGGAGGACUUCCAUUUUGGCUUCUAUCAAAGUAUCCAAAAAUCAAACUUCGUACAAGUGAUCCGGAUUAUUUGAGAGAGGUUCGCAUUUGGUAUGAGAAACUAAUGCCACGCUUCGAAAGUCUUCUCUAUGAAAAUGGUGGUCCAAUCAUAUUGGUGCAAGUCGAAAAUGAGUAUGGUGCGUUUCAAUGUGACAAAAACUACUCGGUUUGGUUGAGAGAUGAAACCCAGAAAUAUGUUGGCGAUAAAGCAGUUCUCUUUACCAAUGACAUGACUGGAGAAAAACAUUUAAAAUGUGGAAAAAUUGAAAAUGUUCUCGCUUCAUUGGACUUCGGAGUUGGGAGCAGAAGUGCGUACAAGAUAUACUGGCAAUGGCUGAGAAAAUAUCAACCAAAUGGACCGCUGGUUAAUGCAGAGUUUUAUCCCGGCUGGUUUACUCACUGGCAAGAACCUGCUCAAAAAGUUGACGCUGCAAAGGUUGCUGAGAGCCUGAGGUGA